UUUGUCUUUCCGUACAGGACAAGGCCAGCACAGAGUGUUCCGACGUCUGCAGUUCCUUGUGGGGCUGUCACUUAGGUGCACGCGGCAGGAGUUCAGGCGUGGGUUGGGGAACAUCAAGGGCUGAUACCGGCCUGGCAGCUAUGUCCAGCGAGGAAAGUUAUCUAGCGAUCUUGCGUUAUCUUACCAACGAGCGGGAGCCCUAUGCACCAGGCACUGAGGGCAAUGUCAAGCGCAAGAUCCGCAAAGCGGCUGCCUGCUAUGUGGUGAGAGCAGGGACACUGUAUUACCAGAGGAGGCACAGGGAUAAGGAGCGCUUCACCGAGCUGGAAGUUGUGCUGCAGCCCGAGCGAAGGAAGCAGCUCAUAGAACAGGCGCACACCGGGCCCGGAGGGGAGCACCUCACACGGCAUCAGACAUGGCACCUUCUGUCCCAGAGCUACUGGUGGAGAGGUAUCUUAAAGCAAAUGAAAGAUUACAUCAAGGGUUGCAGCAAAUGCCGCGAGAGAUUGGAUCGUUCACAUUCUACAUCCGAUCCUUCAGAAAUGUUGGAGGAGCUGGGGAUAGAGAUUAGAUCUGAUGGCAACGAGACAGAUGAUGAAUCCAUCAGUGCUGCACCCAGUAACAAUCCGAUUUCAAAGUUUGCCAAAAAGAAACCUGUAGCGAAACAUGAACUAGUGUUUGUUGAUAGCAAAGGUCUGGUAAAGCAAUCUUCAUCUAAGCAUGGACAGACAGUCCUAGACCAGUUGAACCAACAGCGAUUCUCCAAUCAGUUUUGCGAUGUUACUCUUCUCAUUGAAGGAGAGGAAUACAGAGCCCAUAAAUCAGUGCUGGCAGCCAGCAGCGACUACUUCAGGGAAUUGUUUAUUGAAAAAGGAGCCCUUUCUAGCCAUGAAGCUGUUGUUGAUCUCUCUGGAUUCUUCAGAUCAAGCUUCCUUCCACUUCUUGAGUUUGCAUACACUUCAGAACUGAGCUUCGACUUCUGCAACAUGGCUGAGGUUGCUAUGCUGGCCCGGCAUCUCUUCAUGCAUGAGGUGCUGGAAAUAUGUGAAUCUGUCCACAAACAGAUGGAAUCAAAGCAGCUGACUUUGUAUCAGAAAGGGGAUGUGCAGACUGUGGCAUCAGAAAAGAGCUUGAUGGAAAACAAUCAAAGCAAAGUGGAUUAUGCAGCACCAUUAGUAUCUAAUGAUGUAAAUAACCAUCAAGUGACUGUUAUGCAGAGUGAGGGUAUGAAAGGUGAUGAUGCCAAAGCAACACAGGCAGAUGCCCAGGCACUUGCCAACACAUCUCCACCGAUAGCUGUUGGUUUAUCACAGUUAGCAAUGGAAUCGACAGUGCAGAUUGUUAGUGGUGAUGAAGUGCCUAUUAGCUCUUUGGCUGGCACAACCGCAAUAUACAUUUCAAGUGUUCCAUCAGAGCUUCAGCCGGCAGUGAUCAUUCCUGCCGUAAUCAAUGUCGCAACAGUCCAGCCGGAGGUCCAGCAAACAUUUUGCAUUACUCCAGAUGUUAAUAUUUCUGAUGUUCAAGCUGCUUCUCCGCCAACCUCUUGUAAUGAAGCGAGUGCCUGUGAGGAAGUUCAUGAACAGUCAGUCUUAUGUGAUCUGAGUAAAGCAAAGCUUCCUGAAAAUUCUACACAGCCUCAACAAAGUCAUUUAAAAGAAGAUAGUGUUCCUGGUAUCUGUGCAGAUCCAAAGCCUAAAGUAAUCAGUGAUGCUGUAUCAUUAGGUUCUGUACUUGCUCUAGAUACACUUUCUGCUGAGAAUAUGGACAAAGAGAGUAUAGAAACAAAACUUAAUACAUGCAGUAAAGAGGGCACCAAGAGAAAACGUGGUAGACCUCCCAAAUCACAAAUGGAACUAACCAACAAUUUAGAUAUGAUAGAGUCUGCGGAUGAGAGCUCUUACAAAAGUAAGCUGCGAGAACGCUCAGUUGGUGAAGGAGGCUAUAUCCAGAUGCACAAAGGUCUGGAGAAGAAGCUUGUAAAUAGAAACACCACCCCAAAAUCGGCAGUGCAGCAGGCUGCCAUGAAACUGGUUCAAAGAGGGAAGAAAAAAAGAAUAUUACCACCCAAAAAAGAGACUGCGGAUGUUGAGUCUGAAUAUAAAUGCAACGAGUGUGGAAUGGAGUUUCAGAGACGCUAUGCACUCAUAAUGCACAAUCUAACACAUGAAAGGUCCAAAGAAUUCAAAUGUCCGCUUUGUAAGAAAGAGUUUCAAUACAAGGUAUCUUUGCGUGCACAUCUGGUACGACACUCCCGCAUUGAGACAAACUCGGAAGUCUCAAAAGGAAAAACAAAAAGGCAAUUUAUUUGUGAUAUUUGUGGCAGGACACUCCCCAAGCUAUAUUCAUUAAGAAUACACAUGCUCAAACAUACAGGAGUUAAACCUCAUGUGUGCAAGAUCUGUGGAAAAACAUUUACGUAUAAGCAUGGAUUAAAGAUGCACCAGGCCAUGCAUGGAACUCAACCUUUUAAAUGUGACAUUUGUGAGAAAACUUUUGUGACAUCCCGUAGUCUGCAAGAACAUGUGAGCACACACACAGGGGAGACUAAGUAUCUUUGCUCUGUAUGUGGAAAAGCUUUCCACAGAGCAUCAGGACUAAGCAAACAUACGAAGAAGCACAAACCUAGAGUUGAGACUCGUGGAUUUCAGUGUACUCAGUGUGACAGAAGUUUUUUUGAAUCUCGUGACCUGCAGCAGCAUAUGAACAAGCACCUUGGUGUAAAACCGUUUGAGUGUGAGUUUUGUGGAAAGUGCUACACCUGGAAGAAAGAUUGGUAUUCGCAUGUUAAAUCCCAUUCUGUAACGGAACCUUAUAGGUGUAAUAUUUGUGGGAAGGAAUUCUAUGAGAAAGCCCUUUUUAGAAGACAUGUAAAUAAGGCAACUCAUGGUAAGAAAGGGAGAGCAAAGCAAAAUGUGGAACGAGUAUGUGACCAUUGUGGAAAAACCUUCACCCAAUUAAGAGAGUACAGGAGACAUAUAAACAAUCAUGAAGGAGUAAAGCCAUUUGAGUGCUUGACAUGUGGAGUUGCUUGGGCAGAUGCACGGUCUUUGAAACGACACGUGAGGACACACACAGGGGAACGACCCUACGUCUGUCCUGUUUGCAAUGAAGCCUACAUUGAUGCCCGCACAUUACGUAAACAUAUGACCAAAUUUCAUAGUGACUAUGUACCUUGCAAAAUCAUGUUGGAAAAAGACACUCUUCAAUUCCAUAAUCAAGGAACUCAGGUGGAGCAUGCUGUCAAUAUCUUAUCAGCUGAUCUACAAGAGCAAAAUGAAGAGAUUACAGAAGAGGUUGAGACAGUCUUGGUGUCAGGAGAGGUGAUAGAAGCAAUAGAAGCAGUGGCUAACACUCAAGAGGGUACUUCUGUAUCUACACUAUCAGACCAAAGCAUAAUGCAAGUAGUAAAUUACGUAUUGUCUCAACAACAAGGACAAAAAAUUGUUGAGGUGGCUGAGCACAUAGAGACUGUGGAAGUGGAGGUUGGCCAUAUUUCAGAGACAGUUUGCCCAUAAAUGACGGCAAAGAAAUGCUUAUAUUGUAGCACUUACCUUCACUAAAAUUAAUACUGUACAGAAUAAUCAGUUCUGGGUAUGGAUUGUCAUGGCUGUUAGUUUCUUUGUGUGAUAACCUUUUAUGAGAUGUUUGAUGUUGCUUGAAUGUUAAGACAUUUUCCAGCAAUUGCAAUAUACAGAUUUCAUUAAUAGUCUAAUAGCAAUGGUUAUACAAAUCUAUCAACGACUUAUGUAAAUUAUACUUUUUUUUUUUAUUAUAACUGCCAGCUGUUUUCUCCAUGGCAUCCACAUCCUAUAUGCUGGAAAGUAAUACGUAAGUUAUUUAUCAGUGUGAUGCCAACAUGUAUUAUAAAAUAUUAUUAUUAUUGUUUUUUCCCCACACAAACAUUUUGGUUUAUAUUUUCAUUUAAAAUAUAUAAUGUUUUGUGCUUAAUAUAAAGUUUCUGUAAAUAAAAAAUAUUUGUUAUAAAAAUGGAAAGAAA